AUGGCCGCCCCAGCACCAGCACUCAAGGAUCUGCCCAAGGUGGCCGAGAACCUGAAAAGCCAGUUGGAGGGAUUCAACCAGGACAAACUGAAGAACGCCAGCACCCAGGAGAAGAUCAUUCUUCCCACCGCCGAAGAUGUGGCUGCCGAGAAGACCCAGCAGUCAAUCUUCGAGGGCAUCACCGCCUUCAAUCAGAACAACUUGAAGCACACGGAGACCAACGAGAAGAACCCGUUGCCCGAUAAGGAAGCCAUCGAGCAGGAGAAGGAGAAGAAUCAGUUCAUCGCCGGCAUCGAGAACUUUGAUGCGAAAAAGUUGAAGCACACCGAGACCAACGAGAAGAACGUGCUGCCCACCAAGGAGGUGAUCGAGGCCGAGAAGCAGGCUUAAAAUGGGGGCUCCAAGUGGUCCUCUCCGAUCCGAGAUCUGAGAUCCGAUCCGAUCUGAUCUGAUCCUCAGUCACCCCAUCUCUCUUUUUCGACUCGCCGCAUCUCACUCUUUAUACGUAUAAAGCUAUUCCCUCUCAUUUUUCAAAUGCUACCAAGUUAUUCGAACCGCUGCGCAUGCGCGUGAUAGCAAAAGUAUUUUACUAUUAUCGUAUUUCGGUUGUCCGUUUUUUUUUAAAUAUUUUUACCUAUAUAUAUAUUUUUUGUAUUAACAAGCAAGAGAGCCAGUCUCAUUCCUACAGCGUAAUUAACAUAAAAUAAACAUUCGUCUAUCCCAUAUAUA